AUGGCACACCGUGACAUGAUCAUAGACGGCGAUCUUUCAUCAGCUCUUGCAGCGUACUUGCCUGUCCCAUACAAUGACAGACCGUUUGUUACCUUAACGUAUGCGCAACUGUUGGACUCACGAAUCGCUGCACAACCAGGAACAAGAACUGUCAUCAGCCAUCAACAAACUAAGGCCAUGACCCACUACAUUAGACAUCACCAUGAUGCCAUACUUGUGGGGAUUGGAACUGUUUUGGCUGACGAUCCCAAGUUGAAUUGUCGAUACUAUCUGGCCACUUCCUCCUCGUCCUCCAUCAGACCGGUUGUUCUAGACCCUCAUGCCAAAUGGAGAUACUCUCAGUCGCAGUUGCGGAGCUUGGUGGAUGCGCAACAGGGUCUAGCACCGUUGAUCUUAGUCGAUGCUGACACCGAACCUGACACGUCAGAAUCACAUCUACUACAAGCCACUGGGGGGCACUAUAUAAAGAUCCCUGUGAUCGGCCAGCCACUCCAAACAGUGUGGAACACCAUCUAUAAGCAGUUAUGGGAUCAUCACCAUAUCCGGUCAAUUAUGGUUGAAGGAGGAGCCACGGUCAUCAACGACCUACUUACGUUGGGGAACUACGAUUCACUAAUCGUUACCAUUGGACCUGUUUUCUUAGGAGAUAAGGGGGUGGUUGUAUCUCCACAACGAGCCAUAGCAGAUCUCCAAGCUGUCCAAUGGUGGACAGGCAUUCAAGACUCAGUACUAAUGGCAAGACAGAGCAGCACCACCCUGAACAAGUACAGACUGAUCAACUACUAG